CUCCCUCUGCACCGGCCUAUCUCUGUGGGGUGGGGGCGGCCAUGCACCUCGGAGGAGAUGGAUGGGAGUGGGGCUGGGCUGGCUGGGGAGGCAGGGGUUUUGCUUCUUGCUAAGGCAGCCCUGGAGGGGCCUGACCAUGGGGCAGGGACCCAGUUGCCAUCCCCAGAGCCAGGAUCAUUGGCUGGGCUGGGGGAUCAGGGCCCCUGUGGUCCCAGCACACCUGGCCCGUGAGACUACUCUGCAUGACUCCUCCAGGUGGCCAGGAUCACCAGAGCUGGCUCGCUCCCCUCUGCCAGUUGCUCAAGGUCUGGGCACCAGGCCACUUUUCACCCUCCCGCCAGGGUUAAACAUUAGUGGGAGGUUAUCAGCGUGGGCCAGGGAGGGAGAGGGGGGAAUUCAACUCUGUCUCCUCUUCUGGAGCUGCCAGUCCCUGCAAGCCCAGACAAUGCCGGUGGAGGAGUUUGUGGCUGGCUGGAUCUCUGGCGCUGUGGGCUUGGUCCUGGGACACCCCUUUGACACGGUAAAGGUGCGGCUGCAGACCCAGACCACGUACCGGGGCAUCGCCGACUGCAUGGUCAGGAUUUACCGCCACGAGUCUCUCCUGGGCUUCUUCAAGGGAAUGAGCUUCCCCAUUGCCAGCAUAGCCGUGGUCAACUCUGUCCUGUUUGGGGUCUAUAGCAACGCCCUGCUCCUGCUCACGGCCACCUCCCACCAGGAGCGGCGGGCCCAGCCUCCCAGCUAUAUGCACAUCUUCCUAGCGGGCUGCACCGGGGGGUUCCUGCAGGCCUACUUCCUGGCUCCUUUUGACCUCAUCAAAGUCCGGCUACAAAACCAGACAGAGCCAAGGGCCCAGCCAGGGAGCCCCCAACCCCGGUACCACGGGCCGAUGCACUGUGCAGCCUCCAUCUUCCAGGAGGAGGGGCCCCGGGGGCUGUUCCGAGGAGCCUGGGCCCUGACACUGAGGGACACCCCCACGUUGGGGAUCUACUUCAUCACCUAUGAAGGGCUCUGCCACCAGUACACACCAGAAGGCCAGAAUCCCAGCUCAGCCACGGUGCUGGUGGCAGGGGGCUUUGCAGGCAUCGCCUCCUGGGUGACAGCCACGCCCUUAGAUGUGAUCAAGUCCCGGAUGCAGAUGGAUGGCCUGAGACGCAAAGUGUACCGGGGGGUGCUGGACUGCAUGCUACGAGUAUCUCCUCCGGUGGUGGGGAUGAGUUCUGCGGCAAUGCCUGCAGCUCCCCAUCAGGCCCAUGUCCCGGAGGCCAGUUUGAGGUUGGAGGUCAGGUUGAAAGCCUACAGCUUGCAGUUCAGUGCAAGAGGCUCAGCCCUUCCUGAUCCUCUGUGUAGCUGGCCUUGACUCAUUUCUAUCUGUGAAGCAGGGAGCACAAUGCACAAGUGAGCUGGCAGUGGUGCUGGCGACAUCCCAGCCCUGUCCUGUGCCUUCACCCCUUAAGGAGCUCUGAGACUCCGCUUCUGAGAGGCCCUGCUGCCUCCUACCACCCUGCCUUUCAAAGCUCUCUCUCCCACAACCCAGAAUAACCCUAUGUCUCCCCCAAGAAUCCUUCAGUGGCUCCCAUCACCUUCAGGAAAAGCCCAAGCCCCUUCCUCCUUCCCGGUUCCUCCCUCCCCACGAGGCUGGGGUUGCUUCCUGGACCCUGAACGAGCUGUGCUCUCAUUGUCUGGGCCUGGCCAGCAGUGCACAGUGGCUGGCAGGGUGACUCCAUCAUCCCCGGGGCUGGCCCUGCUCUCCUACGAGACCCAGGCUGAGCUGGGCCUCCUGACCAUUCCUUGACUCGCUUCCUGACCUGAGGCUGACUUUGGGGUUCUAGACACCCCACCCCACACGUGCCAUGAUCACAGCACUUGCCUGUACUUCUUCAGAGUCAUUGAUUUGCUUCUCGGCUUCCCCACUGGACUGUGAGCUCCAUGAGGUCAGGGACUGCGUUUUGGAUGGUUUCUAGCCGGAGCCCAGUGCUUGAACAGACGUGUGAAAUAAAUGCUGGUUAAAUGAUGCGACUGCA